AUGCCUACGGGAAUUGCUGGAGAUGCUACCGCUGAUGAAAACAGGGUGAUAUUUUUAAAGCGCAAGGCAACUGCUUUAUUUAAUAGAGUGGAGCGUUUAGUGGAUUCCCUUUCAAGUGCGGCGUUAACUUCAUGCGACGAAUCCGGGCUCCACGUGAGGUUGGAGCUGAUUGAUGAGCUUCAAGGAACAUUUAAAAAGGUUCUUGGUGAGCUCGAAGAAUUGGAUUUCGAGGAAAUUGAAAGUGAUUUGAGUGAAAAAUUUGAUGACAUUCUCGUACUUUUGAAGUCAUCUGUUCGAUCCGAAAUUUCAAAGCGCGCCUCACAGCUCCUUUCGCACUCAACUCUUGCUGACGGCAUCACUCCCGGAGCUUUCGGCCUCCAGCAGCGUCAGCCUCGACAUAGGGCAACAUUACUGCCUCCACUUGAGCUUCCAAAAUUCGCUGGAGGUUAUGCAAAUUGGUCUGAUUUUUAUUCUAUGUUUACCACUAUCAUAGAUAGUCACCCUGAUCUCACCAACAUAGAAAAGCUGCAGCAUCUACGAUCAUGCCUGAGGGAUACUGCGUUGGAAACUAUUCGCUCGCUGGAAAUUUCGGACGGCAACUACGCAAUUGCUUUGGAUUUACUGCAAAAUAGAUUUGAUAAUCGUCGUUUGGUUUUUCAGGCACACAUUACUGAGAUCCUGGGAAUAAAGGCGGUGCAGAGUGGUUCCGUUUCGACACUUCGGGAGCUGUCGGAUAAAUUCAACGCUCAUAUCCGCGCUCUUAAGGGGCUGGGCACGACGGAACAAAUUGCAGGAUGCCAUCGUCCAAAUCCUGUUCCAAAAAUUGGAUCCGGCAAGUCAGGCCAAGUGGGAAGAGCGUUUAGAGGACCCUGCCUUCGUCAACUUAAUUCCUACUUGGGAGUCAAUGGCAUCAUUUCUGGAGCAGCGGUGCAGGACGUUGGAGACGAUGGAUUUUGCCAUGGCAAACUAUGCGCCGGGCAUUCAGUCUCGAUUUCAGAAAACCCCGCUGAUCUGGAUGUGUUAACCCCAGCACAUUUUUUGAAUGGUGGUCCGCCUUCAUCUUUCGUCGAGCCAGAUGUGACCAGUCUCAACUUCAAUCGCUUGGAUGGAUGGCAACGCGUGGCCUACUUGCAGCAGAUCUUUUGGUCCCGAUGGAAGGAAGAAUACCUAACACUUCUGCAGCAGCGCUCCAAGUGGCGCACCCCCAAACCGGGCCUGGUUGUCGAUGACUUAGUUCUGGUCAAGGACGAAAACUUGCCUCCCAUGAAGUGGCCCCUCGCCAGAGUGAUUGAGCUGCUGUUCGGUGGAGAUGGCGUUGCUCGAGUUGCCGUUCUGAAGACAGCGUCAGGAGUGACAAAGCGAGCAGUGAACAAGCUAUGUCUGCUGCCCCUUAAGGAUGAUGUUGAAACCCAGGCUUCCAACGGGGGGAGUAUGUCGGGUCACGCAGCCGCAGCAGCUAAUUAACUUGUAAAUCCGUACUCUUAUAUCAAUUGCAUCACGAAAGGCAUCUCUCUCUAUUUAUCUCUCCCAUUUGUUGUAUGCUUGCAUUUUGGGCCCAGCAUUCGGCUGGCUGGCCCUUCGUAAAUUCAGUAUGAAUUCUGAUCUCGCCAUAAAACGCAUUCUCGUCUCGCCUGCUGUACUCUUUCGAUAAUAAAUUGUUAACAAGCAUAAA